UAAAAAGAAUAUUUUUAUUCUUUCAUAUUAUUACUAUUGCUGUAAAAAUAAUUCAAAUUAAACGGAGUCUUACACAUUUAGAUGUGAAAAUAAAAUAAAGUAGGGUACCCUAAUACAGGUGCAGACACGGUGAAGUAAAAUCUAAUACUUCGAUUGAAAUUUGAAUCGAGUACUCGCAUUCUUUUCUGGCUAUGGAUGUUACUAUUAACCUUUCGUCAUUGUGAUUUGUGGAUAAUUAUUAUUUUCUAUUACUAAAGUGUCAGUGAAGUAAUAAAAUAAGUGCCGACAAAAUUAAUAUGGCCAAGGAAGAGGAUGAUGAUAAUUUGCCAGAUAAAGACGCAGCGAAGGAAUUCUAUGCAAAAUAUGAACCUAAAGAAAUAAUUGGCAGAGGAAUAAGUUCAACAGUCAGAAGAUGUGUGGAGAAGGAGACGGGCAAGGAAUACGCUGUGAAGAUCAUAGACCUCAGCCAGGAGUCCCAGGAUGGAGUCGACACACACACAAUGAGAGAUGCCACCCGUCAAGAAGUCAACAUCCUGAGAAUGGUGGCCGGACAUCCUUAUAUUAUUGAACUGCAAGACGUGUUUGAAUCAGAGACAUUUAUAUUUCUGGUGUUUGAGUUGUGCAAGAACGGAGAGUUGUUUGACUACCUCACAUCAGUUGUCACCUUGUCGGAGAAGAAAACACGGUACAUCAUGAGACAGGUGCUGGAAGGUGUCCGUUCCAUCCACAGUCACGGGAUCGUCCACAGAGACCUCAAACCUGAGAACAUACUGCUUGAUGAUCAGCUCAAUGUUAAGAUCACGGACUUUGGCUUUGCUAGGAUGCUGCAGAGAGGGGAAAAAUUAUUUGAGCUGUGCGGGACUCCUGGCUACCUCGCACCUGAAACAUUGAAGGCCAACAUGUUUGAAGACGCCCCGGGCUACGGCAUGGAAGUUGACAUAUGGGCCUGCGGCGUCAUAAUGUUCACUUUACUGGUGGGCUGUCCGCCGUUCUGGCAUCGGAAGCAGAUGGUGAUGUUGAGGAACAUUAUGGAGGGAAGAUACUCCUUCACCAGCCCCGAGUGGGCUGACAUAUCAGAGGAUCCCAAGGACCUGAUCCGCCGCCUGCUGGUCGUGGACCCCGCUCAGAGGAUCGCCCUCGAGGACGCGCUCACUCAUCAGUUCUUCCACACUAAAUCAUUGAAGUCAGGGGUGUGCACUCCUCGGUCUCGUCUCCGCGUGGCCCUGCUGGCGGUGCUGUCCGCCGUUCGUCUCCGUCGUCUACCGCACGCGGCCGCACGGUCACUGCCGCUGGUCGACGCCGAGACCGACCCGUACAGCGUCCGGCUGCUCAGAAAGGUAAUAGACGGCUGUGCGUUCCGCGUGUACGGACACUGGGUGAAGAAGGGCGAGGGGCAGAACAGAGCGGCCUUGUUCGAGAACACGCCGCGGACCGAGCUGAAGAGCUUGUAUGUCAGUAACCUGAGCCGAUGAGGCGCAGACACACACACGUUCGACGUUAGGUUAGUGUGAGACAAGCGUACGUAUCUAUAUAUGAUGCUCCCCCAAUGCGACGAGGAUAUAAUCUCAGUCAUCAGGGAAUCAAGUGUAACCCAGCAAUAACUACAUGCCUAGAUCCUAAUAAUAUAUAUAUUACGUUGUAUGUAUGUUGAUACUGGUGAAUUAUUUUUGUAUUUGAAAUUUGGCGAGUAAUAUACAAACGAGAAAGGAGCUCAGAAAAAUAUUGUUAGUAUACAAGAUCAAUGUUAGUAAAUAUUUUGAAAUAUAUAUUGGUGUAUAGUGUAGAAGAAAUUAGGAAGGAAUUAUUGUAUGGAAACGAAGAUUUUUUUUAUAUAUGUGUGUGUGAUCCCAUACCUUCCGACAAUAUCUGUCGCGUCUCAGCCCCCCCUGCGAGAAGUGAUGUCUUAUAAGAAUAGGUCAGGAAACACUUUUAUCGAACAUUAACUGUAGUAUGUCUAGAAAGUUAGCUGUGUUCGUUUGUUAUGAUAGAUAUAUUAUCUGUGGUGCAAAUUUUUUUUUAUACUUUUUAAUUUAUAAAAUAUUUCACUUGUCGAUUUAACACGAUAUCGCACGUUAUUGAUAAUUACAAUGAAAGGUUUUCUGUGUUCCCUGUUACAACUCUGUUCGUAUUAAAUUUCCUUCUUUUCGAAACUUACAAGUCAGAUGAGAUAACUUCUUUAGGAUAGGCUUAUAUCAUCGGUACCUAAUCUAUACAUAUAUAUUAUACUGUUAUAAAUAGUUCCUAGUAAGUUUUGUUUUUCUUGUUUCUUGUAGAAAUAAAACACGUGUGUAAAA